AUAAUUUUGUCCACUUUGUUGCGACGGGUGAAUUCUCGCGGAAUUAAAGGACAGGCGGUACAGUGCAUUCUUUCACUUGUUAACGUACAGUUACUAUAUAUUCUUUGUUUAUUAUUUAUCAAACAACAAGAAGAACUAAACGUCAUGUCGAAGAAAUAUGUUUUGAAUUACUUUCCAAGUGGAGGUCGUGCAGAGUUGGCAAGAUUUUUAUUCCUGGUAGCAGGUGUGGAAUUCACCGACAACCACAUUUCGAAAGAAGAAUGGCCUAAAGUAAAGAACGAUACUAAAAAAUUUCCGUUGAAUCAAUUACCAACACUCGAGGUUGACGGUCGCGUGAUUUGUCAAUCCAAGGCUAUUUACAGAUAUUUAGCAAGCGAGUUCAACUUAUACGGAGCCAAUAACGAUGAAGCAAGUAUCAUUGAUCAGGUCGGAGCAACUCUGUUUGAAUUUGUAGAACAACUUGCGAAAAUUCAUUUUAACCCAGCUCUAUCAGAGGACGAAAAGAAAUCGCAGAUACUUGAAGUAUACGCCAAGGACUCAACCAAAAGAUAUUUCGACUACUUAUCAGAAAUAUUUAAAGCUAAUGGAACUGGCUAUUUUGUUGGAGACAAGAUUACUUUGGCUGAUAUUGUCUUCUUUUCCAUCGGCGGUUUGGUUCUCAAAUUUAACCCAACAUUUUUGGAACCUUACCCAGAAUUAACUGGGUUGGUAGAGAAAGUAAAAUCAAUUGAGAGCGUCAAGAAGCAUUUAGAAACAAAAAAGUACGACAUGUAAAAAAACAUUUGUAAUUUACAAAAGUAAAUAUUUCAAUAUUAUUUCGUAUUGAGAA